AUGUCAAUCGGAAGAAGUCCCCGCAGUGCCACCCACUUGGUUCAUCAUUUGGAUGCCAGCACCCUCAUGGUGGCCGCUGAUGUAACUGAUGCAAUUAGUUUUAAGGUCACCGAGAUCCUUCUCUCGGAGUACCUUUGGCAACAGACGCAACAGUAUCACAACCAAGCAUUGCAGUCAGGGUUUGUACAAGGAAUUAGGAACGCUACUCUCGACCCCGAGAGCUUCAGAGGUUUCAUGCUUCAGGACUCCGUGUUUUGUUAUGAGGCAUCAAAAAACAUUGCUAUUGCCGAAUCAAACACAACAGAUCCGUUUAUUAAACAGUUCUUACAGGAACAGUUUCAAGCAUACCAGGAUUACUACCAAGCCCUGUUCAAUACCUGGCAUAUUGAGAAUGUAUCCGGAAUCAAGCUGGGCCAAGCUUGCUCGGCCUACAUUGCCCAUGAACACGAAGUAGCAAUGCACUACAACUCGGUAUACUUCGUGGUUGCCCUUAUACCUUGUGCAAAGCUUUGGCCAUGGAUUGGACAGCAGAUUGCAGCAGAUACAGUAUGA